AUGUCUUCAAACAGGGCAUUUCUCGAUACGGAAGAUGUUUCUACUCAUUUCGUGUUCACUGUUAAACCAUAUUGCCUUACAAAUGGUUACUUUCGCCUUCCUAAAAAAUUUGCACUGGCAAAUGGUUUCGUGAAGACAUGUGAUUUGAUUAUACGAGAUGAAAGACAAAGGUCGUGGAAUUUAAGGCUAGCUGCCUAUGGUUCUGAGAUCUAUAUAGUAGGUGGAUGGAAGGAAUUCCGUGAUGCAAAUUGCUUAAAAGUGGGAGAUCGUAGAAUGUUUGAAGUUGUUACUGACGGAGAAAAACCUGUAUGGAAAUUUCAUGAUAAACCUAGCCCCAACAUCAAGUCAUCAAACAAGUCAUUUCUCUAUGGUGAAGCAGUUAGUCCGAAGCCAUUUGGUUAUUCUCGUUUUGUAUGCACUGUUAGACCUUAUUGCCUUUCAAAUGAUUUCUUGCGCAUUCCUAAAAAAUUUGCUCAUGCAAAUGAUCUCAUCAACAAGAAACGUGAUUUGAUUGUUAGAGAUGAAAGGCAAAGGUCGUGGGAUUUAAGGUUAUGUUAUUUUGGAACUUGUGUAUGUAUUAAAGGCGGAUGGCAUGAAUUUCGUGAUUCAAAUUGCUUAAAGGAAGGAGAUCGCAUAAUGUUUGAUGUUGUUACCAACGGAGAGAAACCAAUAUGGCAAUUUCAUGGCACAAAAAAUCUGGAGAUAAUGCAAGCAUCAUUCAAGGGAUUGGUUGAUCAAUGA